GAGGGGCUCCUGGGCGGAAAAACAAACAAGUCCCGCUAGGUUUCGAGGACCCGGAUGGUCCCGCCCCCCGAGCAGAGCCGGAAGAGGGCGGGGAUAACCGGAAGACGGUGAAAUGCUUUCGGUAGGCGCUCCAUGGAUGUGAAGAUGGCGGCGGCUGCGUGGCUUCAGGUGCUGCCUGUCAUUCUUCUUCUUUUGGGGGCUCAGCCGUCCCCAUUGUCGCUUCUUGGUGUAGGACCGGCACCUGUCGCUGCUACUGACCGAUCCAAGUGGCACAUUCCGAUACCGUCGGGGAAAAAUUAUUUUAGUUUUGGGAAGAUCCUGUUCAAAAAUACCACUAUCUUCCUGAAAUUUGAUGGACAACCUUGUGAUGUAUCUUUGAAUAUAACCUGGUAUCUGAAAAGUGCUGAUUGUUACAAUGAAAUUUACAACUUCAAGGCAGAAGAAGUAGAGACAUAUUUGGAAAACCUUAAGGAAAAAAAAGGCUUGUCUGGGAAAUAUCAGACAUCAUCAAAAUUGUUCCAGAACUGCAGUGAACUCUUUAAAACACAGAGCUUUUCUGGGGAUUUUGUGCAUCGAUUGCCUCUCUUAGGAGAAAAACUGGAGGCUAAGGAAAAUGGAACAAACCUUACUCUUACUGGAGACAAAACUGCAAUGCAUGAUCCAUUGAAAACUUGGCAAGAUGCACCAUACAUUUUUAUUGUACAUGUUGGCAUUUCACCCUCCAAGGAAUCCUCAAAAGAAAAUCCACUUAGUAAUCUUUUUACCAUGACUGUUGAAGUGAAGGGUCCAUAUGAAUAUCUCACGCUUGAAGAAUAUCCACUGAUGAUUUUUUUCAUGGUGAUGUGCAUUGUAUAUGUCCUGUUUGGUGUUCUGUGGCUGGCAUGGUCUGCCUGCUACUGGAGAGAUCUCCUGAGGAUUCAGUUUUGGAUUGGUGCUGUCAUCUUCUUGGGAAUGCUUGAGAAAGCUGUCUUCUAUGCAGAAUUUCAGAAUAUCAGAUACAAAGGAGAGUCAGUUCAGGGUGCUCUGAUACUUGCAGAGCUGCUUUCAGCAGUUAAACGCUCCCUGGCUCGAACCCUGGUCAUCAUAGUCAGCCUCGGAUAUGGCAUAGUCAAGCCUCGACUUGGAGUCACUCUUCACAAAGUUGUGGUAGCAGGAGCCCUCUAUCUUUUGUUCUCUGGCAUGGAAGGGGUCCUCAGAGUUACUGGGUCUUUUUCUUAUCUCUUGGUUCUGAUAGUAAACCUGGCCCUCUCUGCAAUUGAUGCCUGUAUUAUUUUAUGGAUAUUUAUUAGCCUGACUCAAACAAUGAAGCUGUUAAAACUUCGGAGGAACAUUGUAAAACUCUCUUUGUACCGACAUUUUACCAACACGCUUAUCUUGGCAGUGGCAGCAUCUAUUGUGUUUAUCAUCUGGACAACCAUGAAGUUCAGGAUAGUGACUUGUCAGUCGGAUUGGCGGGAGCUCUGGGUGGAUGACGCCAUCUGGCGGUUGCUGUUCUCCAUGAUCCUCUUUGUCAUCAUGGUUCUCUGGCGACCAUCUGCAAACAACCAGAGGUUUGCUUUUUCACCAUUAUCUGAGGAAGAGGAAGAGGAUGAACAAAAGGAACCGAUGCUAAAAGAAAGCUUUGAAGGAAUGAAAAUGAGAAGUACCAAACAAGAACCAAAUGGAAAUAGUAAAGUAAACAAAGCACAGGAAGAUGAUUUGAAAUGGGUAGAGGAGAAUGUUCCUUCUUCUGUGACAGAUGUAGCACUUCCAGCCCUUCUGGAUUCAGAUGAGGAACGAAUGAUCACACACUUUGAAAGGUCCAAAAUGGAGUAAAGAAUGGGAAGAUGUGCAGUUGAAGAUGGGUAGUAACUCAGAAGAGAUCAGCUUCUGUGUCAAUCUUCUACACUCCUCUGUGGAAUUAAAGAAGGCAGUGAAACCUGAUCUAUUCCUUGACCUUUGUGCAUUGGAGCUGGUGAGAGGUGGCAGAACAAGGAGAGCAUCUUACUGAAAACAAGUUCAUAGGACAAGAAAAAUCUACAAGUUUUUAUUUACAACAUUGAUCCCCCUUUCCUUCCCACACCCUGACAUGGAUGUUUAUGCAACUUAUGUGUGUUGUUCCUGAACAUUCUAUAAUGUCUAAACUGUUUAUCAAACUAAAAAGUUUAACAUCUUCUAAAGAACUAUGACAUCAACUCCAUAAUCUGUAAUCUCCAGGAGCAACUGCCUAUAAUUUUUAUUUUUUUUAGAGAGUUACAUAGGUGAUGGGGGAAAUUAUCAUUUACCUUUCCAUUUCCUGAGAAGCCAAGGUUACAUAUUGCAGAGGUAGUUUUGCGAAAAAAGAGUCCUGAGUUAAGGAGCCAUGGUUCUAUGGAUGAUUUAAAACAAGAGUAUGGAAGAGAGAAGCAAACUGUUACAGUAUGAUUCAGAUCAUUUUAAAAAAUCAAGUGCAAUUUUGUUUACAAAUGGUGUAUAUUAAAGAUUUUUCUAUUUCAGAUGUACUUUAGAGAGAACUAUUAGCUUAACUCUUGACAUCUGCUAUUGUGACACAUCCCAUUGCUGGCAAUGUGGUGCACACUCGAGAACUUUUAACUACUGUUUUGUAAGCCUCCAAGUGCAGCGGCAUUGCAGAGUUGUAGGCAAUGCUUUGUUUGCCUUCAUGCCAUUCACUGGGUGUUGCACUAGACGCAGAGAGGCACUCCAUCUAAGUGCUUGUGAGUGAGCAUCCUGCUGAAGGAACUGUAAUGCUUAAGUAGCAGGAGCUAAUACAAAGGAGAACAGGUUCUUCUGGCUUAAUUGAAACAGUUUUUCCUGCAUGAAGUAGUGUGGAGGCCCUGGACUGCUGCUCAUUCUUUAGGAUUGACUGUUCUUAUACCUGGUGUUGGUUUAGAGACUGUUUAUAAGAGACAUCACAAGGUGAUGGGAUUCAUUUGAAGCACUAUAUUUGUUUUAAUGGUUUUGUCCAAUUUUGCCUUCCCCAGUUUUUGUUUUACAUAGAAAAUUCAUGCCAUUUUUUAAUAUAAAAAAUUUUUAACAAAAUUAAUAUAUUUUCCUCAUUUUUUUCAGACUUUCUCUAAAAUCCAUUCUUUCUCCCAAAUUAUUGUGGGGCUUUUCCUCCCAUGGGUUUUUAUUCUACAUUGUCUUACUAUCUGUUGAAACCAUUGACCACAUGACCACAAUCUUUACUAACUCAUACUGUAGUGAAAGUGUUUACAUUUAUUUAACAUCUCUGUAUAGCUCUUUGCUGUUGUGAUUUUAAAGAAAUCACCUAGGUGAUAUCUCUAAGGAACAACAUGAAGAACUGACUAUAUUCUCAGGUUAACCCAUUAGCAAAAGGCUAGUGGUAGUGUUGUGUGCUUCUGUUCUUCCAUAGAGACACUUAGUAAGUGAAUAAUAGUUAAAAUGCAGCAAAAUAGUUGGUCAAAUAUUUUUGAGGAUGCUUAGAUGUUGAUUUAAGAUUAGGGAAUAAAUCCUAUUAUGUUAAGCAGUAGUGUAUAGUAACAAAUUAUGUAGACUGGACCUGGUAAUUCUUUCUGCUUUCUCUUAUGGGUUAAGGCACUGUGAUUAGAUACAGCAUAUCAUUUCUUAGAACUGAUUCGGAAGUAAUUUAUAGUAUUACACUGACCUGUUACCUGAGAGUUCAUAUCGGUUUUAGUCCUUGGGCCUGAUACUACUAGGUAUUAGGCCUUCUUUGAGGACAGCAGCUGGCAGUUCUGUAUUUUCAAGGUGUCCAUUUUCUAUGGUGAAUAUCACCCAUAAUACUUGAUUUAUUUAGCAAUUUUUGUGUUAGUACUAAUACUUAUAUGUCACUGGAUUAUCAGAAACAGUAUUUGGUAAAGAUGGGACAAUAAUCUCUAAUUUACAAGUGAAGAAACUGACAUUGUAUAAAAAUAAAGUGACCAAGGCCAGUUUUAUUUUUACUUAU